UAUCAAGAAGCAAUUUUUAAACGUAAGAAGGUACAGGCUUGUUUGGUUGGUCCAAAAACUCCAUAAACUGGUUGCAGUCUAAUAAAGACUCCAGAAUUCCAUAACUCCAUCCACGCUUCCAGCAAUAAUUUCAGUUUUUGUCAAACAGAGAGACAUUACACUGUCUUGAAUGGCAGUCCCAAACGAUCCUACCAUUUUGGCAUUCCGAACGUCUCGCAACGUUAAGAGACUUUUCGCGUUCCCAAACUCUUCCUCUCCGACUCCAAUUACCAACACCACUCCUCCCGUCUAUAAAUAUGCCCUGCCACAACCUUCCUUACCCUCACACCAUCAUAUACGCCGCUCCCUUUGCUUGAAAAAGCUUUUAGGAGAUCCACAAGCAUGUCGCCCGUUCAAAAGCUUGCCCUCUCGUUCGUGAUCGCAUGCCUCGUUGGGCUUGCCCAUGCCCGCGAGCUUUCCUUCGUGGAACCCGCCAUUAGCCCUCUCGAGGCCCGGAUCACCUCCAACGGGGGCCUAGUUGACUGCUGGAACGCACUGCUGGAGCUGAAAUCAUGCACCGACGAGAUCUUGCUCUUCUUCAUGAACGGCGAGUCGUACCUGGGAGUCGACUGCUGCCGCGCCAUCCAAGUCAUCACCCGCCAGUGCUGGACCACGAUGCUCCAGUCCCUCGGCUUCACUCCCCAGGAGAGCGACGUUCUCAGAGGAUACUGCGAUGCCGAGGCCGCUCCUCCUCCUGUCGCCGUUGCGUCACUGCGUCCCCACUCCACGACAUCUCCCUCUGUGGCCGACGCCGCACUCGCGUUUGCCGGUCCGGAGGCGGCCUAG